AUGGAUCUAUCAAUCUACUGCCAGAACAAUCUCCUCUAUACACAGGAGAAAUUGAUAAGAUACAAGCCUGGAGGAUACCAUCCAGUCACCCUAGGAGACACAUUCAAAGAUGGUCGCUACAAAGUACACCACAAGCUAGGUUGGGGUGGCUUUUCCACUGUAUGGCUUGUCUACGACCGAGACCAGAAAGAAUGGGCUUCAAUGAAGAUCAGGACUGCAAACUCCCAAGCAUCACGAGAACUGCAUAAUUUCGAAUUGCUAGAAAAGCAUUCUGGGGGAAAUCUAUCCUCUAAUUAUAUUGUUCAGCUGCUCGAUUCCUUUUCUCAUCAAGGGCCUAAUGGACUUCACCAAUGUCUGGUCUUUGAGUUGCUCGGGCCUACUGUUGAUAAAGUUCUUGCAGACUACCACGAGGACAAAGACAGCCUUGACCCGGAAACUGUCCUGAGAAUUUCCAAGCAGCUUUUAGAGGCUAUCGGUUUCAUCCAUAGUGCUGGCAUGUGCCAUGGAGAUAUAAGCGGCCGAAACAUAGCAUUUAGCUGCAAUAAUCUAUCAAAAGCAACCGAAGAAGAACUUUUUGCUGUCCUCGGAUCCCCAGGGACCGAGCCACUAGCCCGCAUUGACGGCGCGGUUUUGGAAAAGGGAUUGCCGACACAGCUCGUCAAGGCCGCAAAGUGGGUUGACUGGAUAGACGAAGACGAUGAAGAUAUUCGCCUGCUUGAUGUUGGCGAGAGUUUUCGUCAAGGGGAAGAGCCCGAACGGCUGGCUCAGCCGGGGCCAUUGCGAGUUCCUGAGACUUUAUUUACGGACAGCUUUGAUUAUCGUAUCGAUCUGUGGCGUGCUGGCUGCAUGAUCUAUUCAUUUCUGUUUAUGGCAUACCCAUUCUGGUAUCUUGGUGAAGACGAGGUGUUGGCUUUCCAAAUGAUUGGGUUUGUAGAGCAACUGCCAGCUGAAUGGCAGGCCAAGUGGGAGGAAAUGCAAUCAAGCUCUAAACAUGAUCUGGCUGUGAAGGACUAUGGGCUGUCUAAACUGGAACAGAAGUUUGUUGAGCAAGUGCAUGAUCCUAUCCUUAAGCCUCUUCUUUCAAUCACUCGAGGAUUGAUGCGAUUCCUGCCAUCCAGUCGCAUUUCUGCAGAUGAGGCACUUGCUGUAUUAGAAACAUGGGAUGAAUAA